GGGACGGCGGGUUCUGCAUGGAAGGCCGCCCGUGAUUGGAGGAGGCUGGCAACCCCCCAUGUCUCCUCCAGAUGUUCUCGGUCUCCAAGUCAGGAGGACUUUACUCCUCUCCCCUCAAUCAGUGACCGCUUGGCCUUUCUCCAUCCUUCCCGGGAGCUGCUGGAAUACUACCGCAAGAGGAUUGCUGACUUUGAUGAGGAACAUGAAGACUUGGUAAAAAGGCUGGAGAGAUACAAAGAAACAUAUGAUGAGCAGCACAAAUUGCAGUGGGAGGUGCGUCAGCGAGAAGAGGAGAUUGCGGAGUUGCAAAAGGCUUUGAGUAAUAUGCAGGUCUACCUCUUCCAAGAGAGGGAACAUGUCCUUCGCCUCUACGCAGAGAAUGACCGGCUAAAAAUCAGGGAACUGGAGGAUCGAAAAAAAAUUCAACAUCUUCUGGCAUUAGUAGGAACAAACGAAGGAGACAUUACAUAUUAUCACAAGGAGCCUCCACAUAAGGUUACUGUUCUGCAAAAGCCAGCUAAAUCCAGAAAGUCACGUGAACAAAAGGAUACUCCUGGAACAGGCACCAAGAGGGACACUUCAAAACCAGCAGCAAUAGAAAAGAAACCACAAAGUCCUGAAAGAUACCAGAGAGAUAAUCAAGCACUUCUACUUCAGGUGGAGGCCUUGCAAGCUCAGCUAGAAGAGCAGACACGAUUAUCCAAGGAACAGGUUGAGGCAUUACUAAAGGACAGGCGGAUUCACAUGGAGGAAGCCCAGGUCCAGCAUCAGAGGGACCAGGACAAGAUCAAAACUCUAACAGAUAAACUCCAUAAGACCCAAAGUCUCUUAUAUGAGAGUACUCGUGAUUUUCUUCAGCUGAAGUCUGAUGCCCGAGCCAGUGAGAACUCAUGGAUGGCAGAGAAGGAGAGCCUGUUGAGGAAACUUGGCAAAGACCUUGAUCAGCUGAUCAGCAGGACGCCAGGAAGAGAGAAGCAGAAAGAUAUAAAGAAGGUGGUUCGAGCAGGUGGUGGAGCUUGGAAGCUCCACAGCAAAGAAAUAAAGUUGCUGAAAGAUCGGCUAAUGCAGGAACGGAACCUGUCAAGCAUGUACAGGGCACAGUGUAUUAGUCUGGAAGGUGAGCUGGCUAGAAUUCAGGAGGAAGGAGAUGCUGGCAGAGAACUCUUAAAGAAACGCUCAGAAAAGGUGGGGAUACGCCUGAAGGUGAUGACUCAGCGGUAUGAGGCCUUGGAAAAACGUCGUAAUAUGGAAGUGGAAGGCUUCAAGAAUGACAUUAAACAGCUUCGGCAGAAGCUGAAAGAUGUAGAAAACCAGCUUUUUAAGUUGACUCUGAAUAUUGGCCCCGACCCGGAUCUUGCAAUUCUUCGCGAGGUCUGCCAAGAAAACAGACUAACCCGUAAAAUCCAAGGAGAACUAAAAAACUUAAAAGCAAAAAUCUAUGCCUUAGAGAAUGAACUACGAGUCUGCUGA